AUGGAGCUCACGCGUGAACAUUUCUGUGCAAUAAUUUAUCACAAUUUUCGUCGCAGCUUAUCUCAAGAUAAAUAUCUCAGGAAACUUGUUUCGAUUUAUGAUAUUGAAGCACCGAGUCAAACGACAAUAUACCGUUGGUAUGCCGAUUUCCGACGCGGUCGUGUGUCGCUUAGCACUGUUCCUUUUGCGGGUCGGCCAAGAACAGCGGUCACGCCUGAAAACAUCGCAGCUGUGCGAACUAUUAUAUUAGAAGACCGUCAUGUGACAUACGAGCAGAUUCAGGCUGUUAUCAAUAUCGGAACAACUGCAAUUCAGUCAAUAUUACAUAAUGAGCUGUGUGUAAGAAAGCUAGUUUCCCGCUGGGUUCCCCACAAUUUUUCCGAAGAGCAAAAGGCGGCUCGUGUAGAUUGGUGCCGGAAUACUCUGCAACGCUUCAACGGAGGGAAGUCAAAUGCCGUUUAUAAUAUCGCCUCAGGUGAAGAAUCAUGGAUCUAUUGA